AUGGAAUCCUCAAACCCAGAGAGAAAUGACAACGCGCCGCUGCGCUUGCUCUCGCUAGAUGGAGGGGGUGUACGGGGCCUGUCGUCUCUGUUGGUACUUCAGAACCUGAUGGAGAACAUAGCCUUGGAAGAGAAGAGGUUAGGAAGGAAAGCCAUGAACGACCACGAACCGCUAAAACCAUGCGACUAUUUCGACCUUAUUGGAGGCACAUCAACGGGUGGCAUAAUAGCCAUCAUGCUGUCACGAUUGCGACUCGAUUGCAAAACCUGCAUCGCUGUAUACAGUAAAUUAGCAGAGCAAAUAUUCAAGCACGAUCGAUCGAUAAAGGCUUUUGGCAUGAAGAUCCCCACAGGAGCAAGUCGGUUUUCCGGUGCCGUUCUCGCAAAUGCCAUCAAGUCUGCGUUGAAAGACCUCGGCUUCGAUCCAGAUGAACUGAUGUGGGAUGAGGCGCUUUUUGAAGAAGUGGAUGAAGCGGCUGAUCUACCCAGAGACAGCAUCUGGGCAGAUGCGCCGCCAGCGCCGGUAAUCACAGAGAGUCCGGUCGGCACACUCAAGAACUCGCUAUGCUCGUUGGAAUCGGGCCCUCCUGAAAGUGUCGAUAGCACGAAGAAUCUGUCUACACUCUUUGGCGACAGUCCUUUCGGCCCGCGAAAGCCAAUGCGAAGCGCUACUUGGAAGCUGCAUCACCGGCAAUCAGUUCACAAAAAGGCAAACGCCAAGGGGUGCCGCGGCUUUGUACUUACUUCCCUCAAGAACGCGUUAGGCCUUCCCCGAAUCCUGUCUACCUACGAUCCCAAUGACCGGACGACGCGAAUUUGGGAAGCGUUAAGAGCUACGUCCGCAGCACCGACCUUCUUCGAAGAGAUGCAAUUCGGCACGCCCAAAGUCACUUACCUAGACGGCGGCGUGGGCUUCAACAACCCAUGCGCAGAAGUCGACUACGCGGCAAAAGCACUCUGGGAAGGCCGCUCCAUCGGCGUCAUAGUCUCCGUCGGCACCGGCCUACAAAGCAUCCCAAGCGUAAAGAAAAUGGCAUCAUGGCUACCCUUCGGCCUCGGAACAGACAUCUCCAUAGCCAGCGCACUCACGGGCAUGGCAACAAGCACCGCACGCGUCGACAACGAAAUGAAGCGCAUGUACAACAACUCCGACACCAAAUACUUCCGCUUCGACGUCGACCGCGGCCUCGCAGACGUCAGCCUCGAACAAUGGAUGAAAGAAGACGAAAUGGCCUCCCUAACCGAACUCUACAUGAAUGACGGUGAGCAGAUCCGGUCCGCCAAAGACUUCGGCCAACGCAUGGCCAAACUUUCCGCAUUACCUCCAAAAUUCGAAAUAAGCGCUUCCCACUUCCGUCUAGGCAUGACCGGACGCGGCCUCCUUGAUUCCUCCUUCCAACUCGCGCAGGUUGAUUUUAAAACGGGUAUGCCGUUAGGCGUUUCCCCGCACCUCGACGAUAUACCACGCAUGUCUCAAUACCGCGACCUCUCGCCCAGUGGCGAAAGCGGACUCGCUCUCGACAACGCAACCGGCCGCCUCAAACGCAUCUUCCCAGUAGCCGAAGACCUCGACCACGAUGGCCGCCGCGAAGAAGCCGCCGUGUACCAGUGCAUCAAAGCCGACAACAUAUGUCUCCGCACGAUAAAAACAGGUAUACCACAGGGCAAAUACAAAGUCCAAUUCCUCGUCUCUUUCCACAAUAGCACGCAUACGCCGCCUCGCGAUCUUGUCUUCAGCGUCGGGAAACCGUUUGAUCCGUCGACCUUCUCGCAGCGCUAUGUCGAUGUUAAGAUUACGCCGGAUGUGGGGAGUGUGCUGUUGCAUCCGGAUGCGGUGAGGGUUAGGGUCGGGUCGAGACGGUAUGAGGAGCUCAAGGGAAAGGGGUGGGCGGAGAUUGAGGGGGAUAUCGAGGUUAGUGUGGGAUUGGACGGGGCGUUGGGGUUUAUUAUUAGUAAGAAGUAUGAAGAUGGUGUGUUUGUGGAUGGAUGGAGUUUUGGUGGUGUGAGGCUGGAGCCGGUGUUCGGGACGGCGGGUGGGGUGGUGACAAGUCCGAGGAUUUUGACAUGA